AUGGACAACAUGAUUUCAAAGAGCAUGGUGAUGAAUUGUAAUUUCAUUUUAUGUGAAAUUAAAACCACCGCUAAAAACAGGGUUAGGAGAUCGUUAUCGUGGGACAACUGGAAAAUCAAUCCCAGCUUGCCUUGUAUUUCGGUUAAUGUUGGUGUAAGGCUUUCUGGUAUGCUCAUCACGAGAGGCUUGUCGUUCACAUCUGUUCCAGCUAACUUUGGGCGACCUGUGACAGGGUCUGGGGAACAUGGAACGAUAUUCCUGGCAUCCCCAGUUGACGCUUGCUCACCCUUGACUAAUACUUUAACUAAAGACAGCAUCAACUCCGGGUAUUUACUAAUAAUCAAAGGAGGAUGUGAAUUUGUGGAUAAAAUCCGAAGAGCACAAGCUGCAGGAUUCAAAGCAGCAAUUGUUUAUAACGAUGAAGACACCAAUUUGUUCCCAAUGAUGAGAGAUCCCGGUGGUAUACAUAUACACGUUGUAUUUGUUUCACAAUCAACAGGAUUAAAACUCCAAGAAUAUGUUGGUGUCAAGGAAAUUGAAGUAUUGUUUGUCGAAAGCUACGAGAACUCAGCAUGGUCAAUUAUGGCCGUGGCAUUCAUUUCGUUACUUGCCAUGUCAGCAGUAGUUGCAAGUUGUUGUUUUGUCCGCAGGCAUCGAAUAAGACGAAAUCGCCCCCGAGGCCGUGUUCAGGAACACCGUGGGAUGAGCAGCCAGUUGGUGAAGGCAAUGCCGAGCCUUGAAUUUACUGAAGAUUUGGAAGAUAAUUGCACUUCUGCAACAUGUGCUAUAUGCCUUGAUGAUUAUAAUGUCGGAGAUAAGAUUAGAAUUCUGCCUUGCAGCCACAAAUUUCAUAUGAUUUGUGUGGAUGCAUGGCUGACAUCAUGGAGAACAUUUUGCCCCGUUUGCAAGCGCGACGCCAACACCGCCACACCCGAUCCACCAGCCACCGAACGCACACCCUUACUAUCGUCCCCACCCGCUUCCGUGGCAUCAACAUCCAUGUCAUCAUCUGCCAGGUCAUCAUCCUACGUGUCAUCAAGACCGAUGCAAAUAGGGGGCUCGCCUACAUCACUAUCGUACGCCCCUCGACAAUCAUUCCCGAGUUACCAUGAAUCGCGUUACCCGAGCUCAGCUCAAAGCUCAUUAGACAUGAGAAAUGCAUCUUCUUCAUUUAGAUCUUCUCGUGGCUCUCAUUUUAACUCCAAUUCAUUUGCCAGCCCUUCUUUAUCGCCUCUGAAUUCGAUUUAUAUGGCGUUUUAUUCGAAUUCAGGUGAUGGUUCAUCGAGCUACAUUCGGUCUUCGAGUCAGCAGGCACAGUCUCUGCUUCAAAGAGAGUCUGCAGUUCAGUCCCCCCUACAAUGUUGACUAUGUCGUAAAGUAGAAAAAAGGUGUAUUGUUCAUAGUCUGCUAACGUAUCACCAAAUUAAAUGGCUUCUCAUUCUUGCCUGUAUAUACUGUUUUUGGUUUGGUUUUGCUUUGAUUUGAUAUUUGGGUUUCACGCAAUGAUUGGGUGUUUGAUUACGUAGUUGUAAGAUAGUUGUAAGGGUGUUGUAUCUUAUGUGGAUAACUUAGUUUUUUUUAGAUAAAACUGCACAAAUGGUCUCUGUGGUUGGCUGAAAAUUACUAUUUUGGUCCAAAAAGGUUUGGAAUAGAACUAAAGAUCCAAACUUUUCAUUUUGUUUCGAGUUUGGUUCAAUUUGUUAUGAACUUUUUCUUAAUGAU